AUGACCUUAUUCAGAAACCGUUACCUGGUCUUCACCUACGCCAACACUUCCUUCGCUGGCAUGGCAUUCUUUGCUUUGAUUUAUUACAUCCCAUUGUACUUUGAAACUACAAACGGAUUGAGCGCUACUCAGGCCGGUAUCUCUAAUUUACCCUUCAUUCUGGGUAUGGUUGCUUUCUGCAUUUUGACGGGGAUUAUUGUCACUGCUACUGGCCAUGUAAAAAAUAAUUCAGACGGGCUAAACUUUGCUCCUGCAAAGUUAGCUGCGGCUGUUGGUCCUUACCUAAUAUCAACUUUGGACGAAAAUACUUCAAGGGCUGCUCAAGUCGCCAUUGUAACAGCCAACAAUCAAUUAUGGGAAACCACUGGAGCCGUGUUGGGUCUAGCCAUCACAUCGACAGCCUUCAACAACAAACUAUUGGUCUUUAUUGAACUCGAAGCUGCUACCAUGCAUGCCUUUACCAGGGCGUUAUCAUUGAUAUAUCUUUGUGCUUUGCCGUUUGCUGGGUUUGUUGCUCUAUUGUCAUUAGGAAUAAAAUGGCAAUUGCAUUCCAAAGGGUCAACAGAUACAAAUGGUGGCUGGCUAAUACUUUUUAUUUUGUUGAUUGAUUUAGAGUGUAUAUUAUUUGACAGCUACGAAAUAAACGCACAGUGUUACCAACAAUCUCAAUGUCUUACCACGUCACGAUUGUUGUAUUUCAGACGUUAUCGUUGA